AUGAAGGACUCCAGUAACGGAUCAUUUGUAUGUCCAAAUGAUCGACAAUUACAACUUCGAGCAAAACUCAAUUCUGGAUGGUCAUUUCAUACAGGUCGGCCGACAACUCGUAGUGCUAGUGCAGCACCUUCAAGUCGAUUUGGAAGUGCGGCGGCGGCAGCAACGAAUGCUGCUGCAAGUAAUAAUAAUUCGUUACGUGAUGAAGAAAUGGAAAGAAUAAAAAAAGUGCUUGAACGAGCUCAACGAAUUGAACUUAUCGAACAAGAACGAGUCGGACGACUUUACGAUCGUCUAGAUAAUAUGAAAAAACAUGCAACUGGCAAUGGUUCGACACAAUGUGUUCUCUGCGCAGAUGGUUUUGGCAUGUUAGGAGUAUCAUCGACUUUUUGUGCCGAUUGUCAUAAAGCCGUGUGCAAUAAGUGUUCAAUUGAAACUGUUCAUAAUCAACAAAUCAUAUCAUUGUGUAAACUUUGUAGUGAAAAUCGUGAAUUAUGGAAAAAAACAGGUGCUUGGUUUUUCCGUGCCUUGCCCACACGUUCAGCAAUUCCUAUCACUAUAAAACCGUCCUCGUCAGCUAUAUCAUCAGUCACGACAAAAAGUGAUAGUAUAUCGAUUGAAGAUGAUUCAAAUUCAGACGAUCGACAAAGUGUAGGAAGUCGAUUUAAUCGUCAACCUUCUCCAAGUACAGCAACAAUAAAUAAUCAUUAUACAACUGUAGAUUCUUAUCAGCAAAAUUAUGAUAAUCAACCUGCAAUGGCUGAACAUGAUCGGGAUGAGAGUAUCGAUUCCUUCAAAACUGAUGAACGAAGUUUGAAAGAUGUUUCAAUCGAUGAGUAUGUUCCAAAAUCUCAAUUACGCACGCAAUCUCAAUUAUCACAACCACUUGUAUCCACAUCAUCCUCAUCUUCAUCACCGAUCCCAUCAAAUACAUCUAAUAAUACAUCAUCAACUCCGCCGCCGACACAGACAGCACCUACAACUCUACUUCCGCUGUCGGCAUCACCGAUACCACUAACCGCAACUUUAUCUAACAUUCGUCCUCUAUCAUCCAUUGUCAUCAAUACACCAUCAGUUGUAGAUGAUUGUGGCCUAGGUCUACUCGAUUUUGAUAUUAUUUGGAGAGAAGCUUUCAAUAUUCUAACGAUUAACUUAGUUCGAGCACGAAGUUUACGAGCAGCUGACUCUAACGGACUCUCCGAUCCUUACGUCAAACUACAUCUCGUUCCGGGUGUUGCAAAAGCAACUAAAUUGCGUAGUCACACUAUCCGUCGAACGUUGAAUCCUGACUUUGACGAAACACUCGUCUAUCAUGGCAUAUCAGCAGAGGACAUAAAAAUCAAAACUCUUAAAUUCACCGUGUUCGAUGAAGAUUCAGUUGGUUCAGAUUUUCUUGGUGAAUAUCGCUUAAAACUAUCCACAAUUAAAUCCGAUGUCAAAGAAGCCUUUUCAGUCUAUCUUCAACAUAAAACUGAUGAUUCCGAGUUUCUGCAUGAUGAAGAUAAAAAUGAACGUGGUAAAAUUCUUCUUAGCUUAUUCUAUUCGAAACUGACGAGUAAUUUUCACGUGAGAGUUAUCCGGGGUAUUCAAUUGUUACCGAUGGAUUUCGGGCAAACAUCAGAUCCGUAUUGUAAAUUACUUUUGUAUCCAUCGACUGAUAAUAAUUCCAAAUGGAGCUUCAAAACAACCGUUAAAAGACAUACCUUACAACCAGAAUUUAAUGAAGAAUUUGUUUUCUCUCGUGUACAAUUUCCGGAUUUAAUUAGUAAAACAUUACAGAUUACCGUUUAUGAUAAAGACGUCGGCAAAAAAGAUGAUUACAUUGGCGGUUUCGAAUUAGGUCAAUCAGCAUCAGGUGAUGAACUCAAACAUUGGUUAUUAAUGGUUAAAUCACCCGAACAAUGGGUGGAGAUGUGGCACAAACUAAAACCCGAACAGUAUCAUUCAACCUUACGACAACAAGAUUCUCAGACAUCUCGAUAG